AUGGACUCGCCAAAAGAGACUGGAGAAGAUGCCUCAUCAACAUCGAGAUCAUUCGCCCCGCUGCUCGUCGAAGACAGAAAGCCACUCAAGGAAGCCACGCAAUUCAAGUUGACCAAGUUUCGGCAGCGGUUGUGGGACAGGAGGCAAUGGAAGAACGCGUCUCUGACCGCUUGGGAAGAUUUUCGCCUGCGACUAUGGAAUCGCAGGCAGUGGAAGGAGGCCUUGGUUGCUGCGUUUAGAGACAUCCGAGCUGUCCACUGGUACGCGGUCCUAGCGUGGAUAUUGGCUCUGGCUUGGAUCGGAGGACUCUGCACCGUGCUGGCGUUCAUCAGCAACGCAGAGCUAUAUGGUGACUCGGCCUGCAAACCGGACGGCAGUUUCGACGUGGAAAUGAACCAGUAUAACCUUUGGUCUUCCUCUGGAUUCUUUCAGAUCACCCUGGCAUGGGGCAGAUUUUCCUUUGCGGAUGCCAAAGUCAUUGACGUCGCUUGGGAUGUGAUCUUCGGUCGAGGAGGGCAGGCUCUGCUGACCUGGAUCACUUGGAGAGUUUUUGCCGACUACACGACGACCUCGAUACAAGUUAAGCCCGUGACGUACGACUUUUUCCGCAACAUAUUCCUCCAAGACCAACCAAACUUCUGGUCAACGUGGCACAUGAUACGAGACUUUGCUCGUUCACGAGGGCUGAGAUCCAAAUUGAUGAUGGUGAUCAUGGUCUUGGUCACCAUCUUCAUCCUAUGCUUCCCUACCCUGGGCAGUGCAAUGACGGGAUACGUAGCGAACAAUGACGCGUAUGUUCAGGGCUCCGACGGCAUGUUGAUACCCUUUGAUGGCUUCGAGGUUGUUGGAUAUGUAAUCCACGAUGGCUGGAGGAUCGCUAUGGAGGGCAACACCACCCUCACUUUCCCUGGUCGUGAACAAGACUCUAGUUCCAACACUUACAGUAGCGCAAGCUCAUGGGCACGCCUUCUCGGCUGCAUAGAGGAUGAUAAGAGCUACUCUGACUACGCUAGUUCCUGGUGGAACUUUGACGAGUCUACGCCAAAAACCCAGAGAUGUUCGUUACAUCGGAACGUUUCAAACUGUACGUGUACACGUCCCCGGUCAUAA